AUGAAACAUGUCAAAGUCUCUCCCUAUGUGAAGAGUUUGUCCAUGGUGUCGGCAACCAAACUGGUCCACCUCACAGAGGCCUUCAGCCAGCCUUGGUUCCUCUUCUCGGCUCCAAAUAACUACCAGCUCGUCCUCUUCCUCCUGGAGGUCUUCAACAAUAUCAUCCAGUACCAGUUUGAUGGUUAG